AUGUUGAAUGCUUUAUUGCUAUGUCUUUUCAAUUUCCCCGGUGUAUUUGGUGCGUUUGGUGGCUUAAUCGGUCGAACGCAAAGUGCGGGUAUUGAAGGUACGCUUAUGUGUGAUGGAAAACCACUUGGUGGUGUUCUUAUCAAAUUAUAUGAUGAUGAUAGAGGUACUGAUACGGACGAUCUAAUGGCAAAAGGUAGGACAGAUAGUAAAGGUCAUUUUCGUAUUUCGGGUUAUACCAAUGAAGUGUCAACAAUUGAUCCGAAACUUAACAUUUAUCAUGAUUGUAACGAUAAUUGGAUUCCUUGCCAACGUAAAAUUAGCAUAAUGAUACCUGAUAGCUAUAUUAGCAGUGGGAAAGCACCAAAACAAUUCUAUAAUGCUGGAAAUAUUGAACUUUCGGGUAAAUUCAAAGGUGAAACACGUGACUGUAUCCAUUAA